AUGAUGACGACCCCUGAGCAACAGCAGAGCCUGCACCCGCUCCUCCAUGAUGAGCUUGCCCGCCAUAUCCUCCCCCAGCCUGUCCAGCACUACCAGAGCCGGGAGCACCUGGUGCAGACAUCACGGGCUGUUCUCACAGCUAGAAGCCAGCUCCGGACCUUCCUUUCCUUCCCCAGCUGGUUCGAAUCUGGACAAGCCCCGCCAGCCGCCAUCCCCCAGGCUAUCCGUGGGCACUUCCCCGCUGUCGGCUUGCCCCCUACAGAUCUUGGGACCAUCAUGUCGUCUAGAAUUCCAGAGAUUUGCAAGCAUCGCGUGAGCGAGCAAGCAAAGAAGACAUUGGACAUUGUCGCCAAAUUCGUUGAAGAGGAGUGCAUCCCAGCUGAUCCAGUCCUCGAGGCCCAGGUGGGCUCGGGGGAUGCGAGAUGGGACCACUAUCCAACCAUCAUUGAUGAGCUGAAGCAGAAGGCUCGUGCUCUUGGUCUUUGGAACAUGUUCCUGCCCAAGGGACACUAUAAAGAGUCUCCAGGUUUCACAAACCUUGAGUACGGCCUCAUGGCUGAGUGGCUCGGCAAGUCCAAGUCCGCCUCAGAGGCAGUCAACUGUGCAGCCCCAGACACGGGCAACAUGGAAGUAUUAGCAAAGUACGGAAAUGAUGCGCAGAAGGCACAGUGGCUGAAGCCGCUGCUCGAGGGCGAGAUCCGAUCUGCCUUCCUCAUGACUGAGCCCCAAGUAGCCUCCAGUGAUGCUACUAACAUUGAGCUUGAUAUCCGCAAGGAGGGCAAUGAAUAUGUUUUGAACGGCCAGAAAUGGUGGUCCAGUGGUGCAGGAGAUACUAGGUGCAAGAUCUACAUCGUCAUGGGCAAGUCCGAUCCUCACAACAAGGACCCCUACCGGCAGCAGUCCGUAGUCCUUGUGCCAGCAGACACCAAGGGCGUCACCAUCCAUCGCAUGUUGAAUGUAUAUGGGUAUGAUGAUGCGCCCCACGGUCAUGGGCACAUAUCUUUCAAGGACGUCCGCGUGCCGGUGAGCAACCUCGUGCUGGGCGAAGGCCGCGGCUUCGAAAUCAUCCAGGGCAGACUCGGCCCUGGCCGUAUUCACCAUGCUAUGCGGACUAUUGGCUCAGCGGAGAAAGCUCUUGAGUGGAUGCUGAUGCGCAUCAAUGAUCCCACAAAGACUCCAUUCAAGAAGCAGCUACGCGAGCACGGCGUGAUCCUCGAAUGGGUGGCCAAGUCCCGGCUCGAGAUCGACGCCGCCCGCCUCGUUGUGCUGAACGCGGCCAUCACCAUGGACGACCACGGUCCGAAGGCGGCUUUGCGGGAAAUUGCCGAGGCCAAGGUCCUCGUCCCGCAGAUGGCCCUGACAGUGAUCGACCGCGCGGUGCAGUCAUUUGGCGGUGCCGGUGUCAGCCAGGACACACCGCUGGCAUAUAUGUGGGCGGGCAUCAGGACGCUGCGGCUGGCAGACGGUCCGGACGAGGUGCAUCUGCAGCAGAUGGGUAAGAAUGAGAACAAGAGGGGCAAAGAAGUCACAGCCAAGAUCGAGAUGCAGAAGCGGAAGACAGAGGAGCUGUUGAAGAAGUACGGGUUGAAGCACGCGCAGCCGGGCCAGAACAUCCAGAGAUCCAAGUUGUAA